AUGAAGUUAAACACAACAAACAAACAACAAAUAAACAAACAAUUUCUAGCUCCAAAACGUACUGGAUUCACCCAGUUCAUGAGCAGAAAAGCGGAACAUUAUGGGAAACAAUCCGACAGUCAAGAUGAUGAUAUGUUGUCCAAGUUUGUGGCUCCAGGUAGAGGUAUACUCAAGCAAAAUUUAGGCGAAGAAGGGGAAGGGGAGAAUUUAACAAUUUCGGACAUUCCUAUGUCUGGUGACACUCAAGACUUCCCGAGCUCAUUAAAUCAGAACAACACUACGUCCAGAAUAAAUACAUCUAAAUUGCAGUCGAAACUGGACCGACGAGUCUCUUUUGCACCAGACGUUACACUUCACAGAGUCGAUUUUGUGCCGCAGCUUCCACAGAGCUUACGAGAGCCUAGACGGAAAAAUACGCCUAAAAAACCUUCCACUGUAGUCCCAGAAGUUUCUGUGGACUCUGCACAUUCCAGGGACCCAUGGGAGAGUGUAAAGGGAACUUCGAAAAUCGCUACUACUGAAAGCGCAGAUCAUGCACCUUAUACUCCUGUCUUUGAUAAAGAAGUAUCGAUGGAAAUCACUCAGUUGUUUUCAAAGCAUAGUGGAAAACCAGAAAAACUAGACGAGAAUAAUGAAGAUGCAGAAGAUAUGGAAGUUACGGAGUUCAGAAGACCACAGCCAGCGCGACUUACCGAAAAAAGCGCUAGUGAGGACGACGUUGAGGAAGAUCUGGACCUCACCAACCCGCAAACAACUGACUUACAAUUUGGGGUGGUUUCCGACCAGUCCCAGUUCAUCGAUGACGACCUUUCAGAUAUGGAGACGACAGAGCCAUUCAAGGGUACUGUUACGGUAUCUGCUCCAAAUUCCAACAGGAGUGUUGCAAACGUCAAGGAUAAUGCCGCUACAAAACUGCCGACUGUAGAUGAGCUGGGCUCAAGACCAAUCGUCACCUCAACCCAGGAGAUUGAUAAUCACGGUAUCGAGCCAGAAAUGCGAAAGGAUCAAAGUUACCCAUCUAAAAAAAGGAAAUUGGAAGCUGCUAGUGACGAAACCCGAUUUGUCGAGAAAACGGCGACGGAAAUGGAUGAUGACAUGGAGCUAACAAUGAUGGAGAGAUUGUCGCCAAUUCAAAUACCAUCAGCUGUUGAAAGCGAGCCGCAUACUGUCGAUUCAGUGGAGACUUCCAACCUCAAAGAGAAACACCUGUCAUUAAGUGCUUUCUUAGACGUUGUAGGUAUGAACGCCCACCGUGACAUCGAUAGUUCGAUGAUUGUCAGUAAGCUAGACUUCGGCAAAUUGUCUCAGAAUGGUCGUGCGGUGACGGUAGAAAUGUAUCGGGCACUGUACGCAAAUAUGCCAAUUUUAGAGAUUUACGCUUUUUGCUGUAAAGAGUUGAUGCGAAGAAUAAAGAGAUCAAAAAUUCUGUUCGAAGAGCUCGAGCAGCAGAUUGCCACAAACGCGUCGAGCGGUCUAUUCAAAAAAUACUUUGAAUCUCAGGGUGCGACUCGAGAGAAACUGAACGACCGCAUCAAACUACUGCGAGAUUAUUCCAGGCUUCAAGCCGUAAAGGUUUGGUUUGAGUGGCGUUUGGGUCAUUUGAGGGGCAUCAAGACUGUUUUGCAGGAAAACCUUCUCAUUUUGAGAGAAGAGCUGGAUGUUUUGUCGAUGAGAAUUGUUACAGUGUCAGACAUCAACAAAAGAGUUCUCGAAAUAAAGCAAAGCAUAAUCAAAGAGAUUCGCGUCGUCAAAGAAAGGUCAAAAUUUGACAGUAACAACAACGACAGUGCGCGAUUUCCAGAUCGCAUCAAAAUUGAGGCCUUGAAGGCCGAAUUACAAGACGAGCUGAAGAAUCUUGAAAAAAUUUCUGAUAUGUCCAAGAAAGCUGAAGCCUUGAGGAGCCUAAUUGAAAACAUUCAGCACAGAAUUAGUGACACGCAGAGGGAAAUAUCGUUGCUCAAAGCCAGGGUCAAAAAAAGUGCCCAAUAUAUUGAGCAUGAAUUGCCAAAGCUUCAAGCGAUGUUUCAGAUCUUUCAAAAACUGUCCGGGGUUUCGUUGAAACAGUAUUGCGGAUCUGUCCUAAAAAUAGAGCUACAAAGCUCGCCUUUGACACUCGAGUUUGACGUCACCAAAAGCCACACAAUCGACAAAAUCGCUAUCUCGGUCGCGGAUUCUACAACUGAUCUUUGCAAAGCAAUAUACCCAACAGCUAUUAAAUCUGCGCAAGGAUCCGCCAAAACUAGUUUUCAACUCAUCUCAAAACUUUUGGCAAAAUCUGAGAAAUUACGCUAUAUUCUUAUGGAGUUUGAAUCUCUGAACUCUCUAUUUCCGUGCAGAACUGUCACCAGCUUGACAGGGCAAGUUGACAUCGAAAUAAGGUUCUUCGAUUCAAUCAACAAUGAUUGUGCCACAUUUUUACUACCACUAGAUCAGUUAGUAAUAGCGAUGGAGAGCCCCAAGCUUAAGAGGCGUCCCAAACUCCGAUUGAGGAGCUCAAGUCAAAACGGUUCCGAUGGGGAAAGUUUGAUGUCGCAUUUCAAGUCCAGGGCCUCGUUUUUACUGCCUUGGUUGGAAGCCGCCGAGCUUGUAAGCUCAAUGUAG